AAACAGCACUCCUAUAUCGCAACCAGCUCGUGAUCUCAAUGAUUGUGGCCCUGUGAACGAGGCAACAGCCGUGUACGAUACUGAAAUAUGGAAUAAUCUUCUUCUGAAGGAGCAGCAAGUUCAGUCUCCAUGGGGGUACAUAGGUUUGUCUCAGAAGCAUCUCUUACCUGAUCACAGACGCAUCAUGGUCAACUGGCUAGUCGAGUUUGCAGAAGAGUUUGAGCUUCAAUGCGAGACCCUGUCCCUUGGGGUGAAUAUUUUGGACCGGGUCCUUGCCGACGGACCUCCAGUUCAAACUGGUGAUCUUCAAUUGCUAGGAACGGCGUGUAUGCUGGUUGCUGUGAAAUUCCAGGAGUCACAGCCACCUAACAUGGUUCAAUGUUGUUGUCAGGCAGCAGAAGGAAGCUUCAGUCAAGAACAGGUGCUGCAGAAAGAGUUCGAUGUUCUGAAGACGAUCAAGUUCGACUGUGCUAUGCCAACCGUCCACACCUUUUUGUGGUAA